CUGGAACUGAAAGCCGUAUGCAGCAGCUGGAUCACUUUACGAGUUCUUUCAGUGGGACCAAAUCAUAACGAAGCUAAUGACACGAGUCCUGAUCGUCCAGUCGCUUUGGUUCCUGUGAACGUUAUUUCUUCGUUUCAUAAGCUUGAAGCUCUUGCUAGGUACCACAAUCAGCUGGUGUUCAACUUCCAGGUUACCACGUUUCCACCACCUUGCUCUUACUUGCACAUAAUCAAUCCACCUGCAAACCGAGACAGCUCCCAUGAGAGAGAUUGCCAGCGAUACUCCCCACGUCCCGUACCAUCUUUGAUUGUUCGACAACGUAACGCCACAGCGACAUCUCGCGACAACGCAUGUUAAUGGGCCGUUCCAAGCUCGAGAUUCCAUAAUCGUAGGAGGAUAGGCGCAAGACUAUCAUCAUGGCCAGCGACACGGUCGACAUAAGCCAGCUGAGUCCAGAGCAGCAAGCAGCUCUGGACCAGUACACGGCGGUCACAGCGCAAGACGUCAAGGAUGCAGUACCGCUGCUGCAACGGUCACAAUGGAACGUCCAGAUUGCAAUAGCCAAGUUCUUCGAUGGCGAAGGCCCCGAUCCGCUGGCUGAAGCAAUAGCAGCUCAGGGUGGCAUUCCACCUCCGACAGCCGCUCGCCACGAGAACUUGCAAGAGUCAUUGUUGGCGUCUUCGUCGCCCUUUAGCAUUCCUAGGCGCAACCGACCCGAACCCGCACCGCGAAUUGUGCCUCAGCCAGCGUCAAUGCACCGCCCUCCGUUCCUGCUGUCCUUCCUCUUUACGCCCUUCAACUUCGGCUACCGUGCCGUCUCGACACUCUUCCGCACAUUCAUUUAUGUGCUCUCUUUCCUCCCGGCGCCGCUGCGACCUCGCGCCAUCACCACAACCAUGACAACCGGAUGGAGAGGAACAGCUGGCCGGCGGAUGUUGCUGCCGCGUGACACUGCAGCCCGAUUCAAGCGCGAGUUCGAGGAGGAAUACGGGCCUGACACGAACUUGCCUUUCCACGAAGGAGGGUUUGCACAGGCACUCGAUUUGGCCAAGAAGGAGCUCAAGUUCUUACUUAUUGUGCUCAUGAGCCCGGAGCACGACGAUACCGAGUCUUUCACACGGGAGACACUUCUCUCGCCAGAGAUAGUAGCCUUCGUCAACGACCCAGCCAACAAUAUAAUUCUCUGGGGCGGCAACGUACUGGAUUCCGAGGCGUACCAGGUGGCAUCCGAGUACAAUGCGACCAAGUUCCCCUUUUCAUGCUUAGUCUGUCUCACCCCCAAGGAAGGGAGCACACGGAUGAGUAUCAUAAAGCGUCUCGUUGGUCCUGUGUCUGCCUCCACUUAUUUGGCCGAGAUCCAGACGGCCAUCACUAAGUACAGUCCUGACAUUGCUGCAGCAAGGGCUGAACGCACCGCGCAAGAAUUCUCGAGGAAUAUGAGGGCAGAGCAAGAUAGCGCCUACGAGCGCAGUUUAGCGGCAGACAGGGAGAAGGCACGCCAAAAGAAGGAAGCAGAGGCCGCAGCACGAGAGGCUGAGAAGCGAGCUCUUGAAGAAGCAGCCGCAGCAGAAUUGCUGGCCGAAAAGCGCGAGCAGUGGCGCCGAUGGCGCGCUACAACCAUCCCAUCCGAACCGGAUGCCAGCGUGAAAAAUGUCGUGAGACUGGCGCUGAAAAUGCCCGAGACCGAGACCUCGGCCGGCGGCAGGAUCGUGCGCAGGUUUAAGGCGGAUACGAGGAUCGAGGAACUGUACGCUUUUGUUGAAUGCUGGGAGUUGUUGUCCGAAGUAGAGGGGUAUGAGAAGGCCAGCGAGCCCGAGGACUACAGCCACGAGUACCGAUUCCAGGUCGCGAGUUUGAUGCCCCGAGUCGUGUACAAACCAGAUGAGGAUGCCACGCUCGGCGAGAAGAUUGGGCGGGGUGGGAACUUAAUUGUGGAAAACAUCGUCCUACAUGAUGAAGAGGAGGAGUUGGAAUGAUAGAUGAAAACUAGAUGAAAACUACUGACGAUGCUGCUGAUAUAAAGUCUUAGAAUAUUUAACCGGAACGAGGUCAUCUCCAACUUCAAAGAAACAGAGAAUGUAUAUUAGGUGCCACAUAGACAUCCCUUGCUGAUGCCACAAAACACCCUCAUGUCAAAGCGGUGACGCGCAUUCUAUGGGACAGAUUCCGGGGGCACUUGGUACUACUGUACAACUCGUGUGCCCGCAAAACACAUCUUCCUCAAUAUUGACAAAAUCGCUGUGGAUGACCUAAACGCCAGUCACCCGAAUUUAUGUUCAACAGCAGAUUCGAAUUCCAGACGUGAGUUAUUCUAUAUCUAAAAUCCAUAGGUGUCAGUUUUUAUGUCAAAUUUAUCUCAAAUAGACAAAUUUAUU